ACCACAAGCCUUCAAACGAGCCAGAAACAAUGAAACCUGGUUCCAAAGUUACCCGUCUUUGUCUUUUCAUUUGACAACGACGAUCAUAUUCAAGAUGGCAACAACAACCACUGAAAGUGGAGGAACCAGUGGGUCAAAAGACUACAAAAAGCCCACAGCGGCUGCCCUGAAAGGAGCCAUUCAGCUGGGCAUUGGGUACGCUGUGGGGAACCUGACAUCCAAGCCUGACAGAGAUGUACUCAUGCAGGACUUCUACAUGGUGGAGAGUGUCUUCCUACCCAGUGAGGGGAGCAACAUGACACCAGCGCACCACUUCCCAGACUUCCGUCUCAAAACCUACGCCCCUCUCGCCUUCCGCUACUUUAGGGAGCUCUUUGGCAUCAAAGCAGAUGACUACCUGUACUCCAUCUGUAACGAGCCUCUGAUUGCGCUGUCCAACCCCGGGGCCAGCAGUUCUUGGUUCUACCUGACCAGCGAUGAUGAGUUCAUCAUUAAGACUGUGCAGCAUAAAGAGGCUGAGUUCCUGCAGAAACUCCUUCCUGGUUACUACAUGAAUCUGAAUCAGAACCCGAGGACACUGCUACCUAAGUUCUACGGCCUGUACUGCAUCCAGUGUGCUGGGGUCAACAUCCGUCUGGUGGUGAUGAACAACGUGUUGCCCAGGGCCCUCAAGAUGCACUACAAAUACGACCUGAAGGGCUCCACUUACAAACGACAUGCCUCGCGUAAGGAGCGUGCCAAGUCCUCGCCCACCUUCAAAGACCUGGACUUCCAGGAUAUGCUCGAGGGCCUGCACUUUGAUGGUGACACGUACAGUGCCUUGAUGAAGACUCUGCAGAGGGAUUGCAGGGUCCUGGAGAGCUUUAAGAUCAUGGACUACAGUCUCCUGCUAGGGGUGCAUGUUCUGGACAAGUGUCUGGAAAGGGGGGCCAGGGGGGACAGUAAGCGCCUCAACGGCCAGAGGGUCCUCUACUCCACCGCCCUGGAGUCCAUCCAAGGGGAAGGGGACGGCAAGGUUGCAGAACCCGUGGCAGACGAUGACACAAUGGGUGGAAUUCCAGCAAAACACAAAGAUCAGAAGCUGCUGAUCUUCUUAGGGAUCAUUGACAUCCUCCAGUCCUACAGGUUAAUUAAGAAGGUGGAGCACUCCUGGAAGGCCCUUGUACAUGAUGGGGACACAGUGUCAGUUCACAGGCCCGGUUUCUAUGCAGACAGAUUUCUGAAGUUCAUGGGUGGCACUGUAUUCAAAAAGAUCCAUCCUCUAAGAGGAGCGUCCUCCAAGAGGAAGAGGAGCUCCAUCCAUGCGACGAGGUCAGCCUCCCAAGAGGUGCUGUCCCCCCAAAAGGAGGAGAAGGAUGAGAGGAAGGCCCAAAGCAUGGAGAGCCUGGACAGACAAUUAAUAAGUUCCUCCAAGCACCCUGACCUAGUCACGCUCCCUAAAAGUUUAAAGCAGGCUGUUUCCUUCUCCUCCUCCGCUCUUGAGACUAUCAAGAAAGACCUUGAGGAGCACCUUGAGAAUAGUGCCUCUUGUACGUCUGUGGCCCUGGAUGACACUGUCCCCUCUCCCCCUACCCUGGGCAGCCAAGACUCUGUACAUGAUGUCUACUUGUGAAGACUGGUGGCAGAAGAUGAAAAGUCCAAUCCAACAGCACCACAAAAUAGACAAUGACCUCUAAGCAUCAACUGCACAACAAAUGCUAUCAUGACAGCACUCCUCUACAAACUGUCCUGCCUUUAAAGUCAUGACCUGCACUAUGAAGCUGCUUUCUCCUGCUACAGUACACUUUUCUGCUACUUUAACAUCAGGGACAGUCUUAAGGUUUUCAGAUGGAAACUACUAGCAACAGUCACAUAGGCUGCAUUUACAAAGGCAGCCCAAUUCUGACCAAUCAGGUCAGCUCUGAAAAAUAUCUGAUGUGAAUAGAUCUUGAUGUGAU